GCGCGUGUGACUGUGUGUAUCUGUGUGUGUGUGUGUGUGUGUCAGUGGCUGUGAUUCAGAGGACUACAGGGACUCAGAGCUCACCGUUUGACAGGAUCUGUGUGAAGGACAACAGUGUGUGUGCGAUGUGUGUUUUACAUUUCUGACUGCAGCAGGAUUAAAGAAAGCCAACAUGACGGUGGAUUUUGAGGAGUGUAUUAAAGACUCGCCCCGGUUCAGAGCGAACAUUGAUGAGGUGGAGACAGAUGUGGUCGACAUCGAGGCCAAGCUCGACAAGCUGGUGAAGCUGUGUAGCGGGAUGAUCGAGGCUGGCCGGGCAUACACCAACGCCAAUAAACUCCUCAUCAAUGGCAUCCGGGACCUGUCGCACCACUGCAAGGAGGAAAUGAUCUCUGAGUUUCUAGAGAAAUGUGGAGAGAGCCUUCAGGAAAUCGUCAACUACCACACGAUCCUCUUUGACCAGGCCCAAAGGUCGAUUAAGCAGCAACUGCACACGUUUGUCAAGGAGGAUGUGCGCAAGUUCAAGGAGACGAAGAAGCAAUUCGACAAGGUGCGAGAGGACAUGGAGAUAGCGCAGGUGAAAAACGCCCAGGCUCCCCGCAACAAACCGCACGAGGUGGAGGAAGCCAGCAGUACACUUCUAGUGACCAGGAAGUGUUUCCGACAGCUUGCCCUUGACUACGUAUUACAGAUCAACGUUUUACAGGCCAAAAAGAAGUUCGAAAUCCUCGACUCGAUGCUAUCCUUCAUGCACGCACAGUACACGCUGUUCCAGCAGGGAUACAACCUUCUGGACGAGCUCGACCCGUACAUGAAGAAGCUGGCUGCUGAGCUGGAUCAGCUGGUGAUUGAUUCGGCCAUGGAGAAGAGAGUGAUGGAGCAUCAGCAUGCCAUCAUCCAGCAGCGGACUUUAAUGCAGGACUUCACCUGUGAUGAUUCCAAAGUGGAAUUUAAUGUGGACGCCCCGAACGGGAUUGUGAUGGAGGGAUAUCUGUUCAAGCGAUCUACGAAUGCUUUCAAAACGUGGAACAGGCGAUGGUUCUCAAUACAAAACAGCCAGCUUGUCUAUCAGAAGAGGCUUAAGGAUGCACUUACGGUCGUUGUGGAGGACUUGAGGCUUUGUUCCGUCAAACCUUGUGAGGAUAUAGAACGGAGGUUCUGCUUCGAAGUCGUGUCACCUACAAAGAGCUGCAUGUUGCAGGCCGAGUCUGAGAAGCUGCGUCAGGCCUGGAUUCAGGCUGUGCAGGCCAGCAUCGCCUCAGCCUACAGAGAGAUCACAGAUAACUACUAUAUAGAGCGUUUGGACCGAACAGCGUCUCCCUCCACUAGCAGCAUCGACUCGGCCAGCGAGCCACGGGAGAGGAGUGUGAGGGGCGAGAGCGUCCUGCACAGAGUGCAGCAUCUCCCUGGAAAUGAGGUGUGCUGUGACUGCGGCCAGGCCGAGCCCCGCUGGGCCAGCAUCAACCUGGGCAUCCUGCUGUGCAUCGAGUGCUCUGGCAUCCACAGGAGUUUGGGUGUACACUGCUCGAAGGUGCGCUCUUUAACGCUGGACUCCUGGGAACCAGAAUUAAUGAAGUUAAUGUGUGAGCUUGGAAACACAGUAAUUAAUCACAUUUAUGAGGGUGCCUGUGAAGAAAGAGGUCUGAAAAAACCUGGACCCAACAGCUCGAGGCAAGAGAAAGAGGCCUGGAUCAAAGCUAAAUAUGUGGAGAAGAAGUUCUUAAAGAAAAUGUGUGGCUUAGAGGCGUUGGUCGAAGGUGGCAGGAAAUCUCAUCACUGGCAUGUCAAAAAGUGUAGACGGAACAACAGCGCCAUCGGAGUACCGAAAGCUCGACACAAGUACAGACACGAUGGUGGAAGUGUGUCGCCGGCGAACCUAUCUGCAGCUGCUGCAGCAGCCAAAUUCCGCAGAGAAUCCCUUUUCUGUCCCGAUGAACUGGACACACUUUUCUCCUAUUUCGAUACUGGCUCUGGGCCCCGCAGUCUUAGCAGUGACAGCGGUCUUGGCGGCAGCACAGACGGCAGCACUGACAUCUUGGUGUUCGGCUCAGUGGUGGACAGUGUCACAGAAGAGGAAUGUGAAGACUCCGAGGAAUCCAGCGGGGAGGUGGAGGUUGAGCAAGAGACAUCAGACCUGGAGGACGUCCGGGAGCUGCAUCCCAGCGCGCUGCUCUAUAAAGCCUCACAAGCCCGGAACCUCCCUGUCAUGGCUGAGGCGUUAGCACACGGAGCAGACGUCAACUCCAUUAACGAAGAGAACGAGAGCAAGAGCCCUUUAAUACAGGCUGUAACAGGGGGUUCCUUAAUAGCCUGUGAAUUCCUGCUCCAGAACGGAGCUGACGUCAAUCAGAAAGACGUAAGAGGACGGGGGCCACUUCACCACGCCACGUCUUUGGGACACACAGGGCAGGUGUGUCUGUUCCUGAAGCGAGGAGCCUCUCAGAUGGAGGUGGACGAGGACGGUCAGGACCCUUUGAGCAUUGCUGUGCAAGCGGCGAACGCAGACAUCGUGACUCUGUUGCGGUUGGCUCGGAUGAACGAGGAAAUGCGCGAGGCGGACGGCCCCCUCGGACAGCCAGAUGCCAGUUUUUCUCUGAGCCCUCAGCGGGUAAAGCAAAAGGAAAGAAUAUCACCACGGACAGUGAAGUCAUUCGGGAGUUUCCGUUUGUGGCUUAACACAAGUCCGAAAAUGUGAGCAGAGUUUGGUCCUUGAGUCAAGCUGAGCUGUUUGUGAUUUUCAGACAUUCAUGAAUGUUACUGCUUCAAUCAGCCUAAAGAGACAUUUAUACCAAUUUUAAACCUUUUUUUUACACUACUGAAAACUGUACUGUUUAGAAUAAUUAUGAUUAUAUAUAUAUAAAAUAGAUUAUAUUUUAAAAAAAAUUCUUAAGAAAAAUCAGAAUUCAAUCUUGCUUCGUUGUUUCUUCAUGAAAGCAAGAAUCGAUUAUCAGACAAACAAACUGUUUGUAAUGAGUGGAUAAAAGCAUUUUUUAAAUCAUUUUUAAGAACUUUUCAUGGACCUAGGAAAUGUUGUGUAUUGUACUUCCUUUUUUUCCUAAUGUCUAAAAUGGUUUGUUUAAAAUAUUAAAUAUUAGAAUUGUGCAAUGAUAAAAAAAAAAAAUAUUACUUAAAUUAUGUUUAAAUAAAGAACU